CCGUAGCCAUGGCGACCAAACGGCUGGCCAGGCAGCUUGGUAUUCUUAGAAGAAGUUCCAAAUCGUCACCUGAUGGUCAGAGUCACGGACCCAAACUGAGGCAGGUGUUUGACUACUUAAUCAUCAUUGAUUUUGAGUCUACGUGCUGGAGAGAUGGCAGAAAACAUUACAGUCAAGAAAUAAUUGAAUUUCCAGCAGUUUUAUUAAACACCUCAAAUGGAAAGGUUGAGUCUGAAUUCCAUAUGUACGUCCAACCUCAGGAGCAUCCAAUUCUCUCUGAAUUUUGCACUGAGCUAACAGGCAUCAGACAGAAUCAAGUUGAUGAAGGAGUCCCUUUGCCCAUAUGCCUGUCUCAGUUUUCUAAAUGGAUUCAAAAGAUACAAAAGGAGAAGAAAAUUGUUUUUGAUUCUGUGCGUUCAAAUGCUGCUCUUUCUGAAGGAAAAUUAUGUGCCUUUGUUACCUGGUCAGAUUGGGAUCUGGGGGUUUGCUUGCAGUAUGAAUGCAAAAGGAAGCAGUUGCGUCAACCAGAGAUUUUAAACUCCUGGAUCGACCUCAGGGCCACUUACAAGCUCUUUUACUCAAGGAAGCCCCAAGGAUUAAACGGCGCUUUGCAGGACGUGGGGAUCGUCUUUGCAGGAAGGGAGCAUUCUGGGCUGGAUGAUUCUCGGAACACGGCUCGCCUCGCCUGGCGGAUGAUCUGCGAUGGAUGCGUGAUGAAAAUCACUAAAUCUUUGCAUAAGGCAGCUCCAGGAAAGAACUCUAUUGCCAGAUUUUUCAGUGCAAACCCUACUGAAGGCAGCGCUUUGGGAAGCAACGGUGGUGCAAAAACAUCAGAUUCGGACAAAAACAGGGGCUGUGAAGGCACUGAAGGGAUCACAAACAAUACUGGAGAAGAACAACCGGAGUACGUGCCUGUGCGUUUGUAUGAAAGCUUCCCCGUGACGUCAAGAAAUGGGCCCCAAACCCCUGGCUGCGGCAGCCUCCCAAGUUAUUCGACUCCACAUGCAGGCAGACUCCGUUCCCCUAUCGGCUGUCUUCAGACAUCCUCUUUCGGCAUCCAGAGUGGGCUAAGCAACGGGCCCUUGACGGCUAAUUCCCCAGCCCAGAACGCGGGCCUGGUGCUGGUCUCCACUACACUUUCCUCCGUCAGUGUUUCCGAUAUGGACGUUGGUACUACUUCCGACUGUUUAUCAAUGUUGGCUGACUGGGAGGAUUUCCCGUUGAUACCGGAAUCUCAACAUGACCAGAGUUCAGAACUCCGACAGCUGAAGGACAACUCGGGCAUUCAGAGUUCACCGGUCUCUGGAGAGAGAACGGAUGCCUGCGAGUCAGACGCGACAAAUUUGCCAUCUCAAGGGGCUGCUGAAAUGACUCUGAAUGAGAAACUCUCUAUUGUGUACAAAAGCCCGAAUACAACGAUUUAUCACAAAGGCAUAGCUCCGAGUAAGUCUUCAAACGCUUCUGUUUUUAAACUCCCCGCUGCAAAGACAAGUGUGGCUUCCGCGACAUCAAACGGAGAUUGCCGUGCGUCCUCUUCUUCCGAAGCUCUGAAGAGGAAGCCUUCCAGUCCACAACCUGUUCCUCCGGCGAAAAAGCCACCCUUUAUCAUAUACGAAGACAAAGGCGCUUCAUCCAGUAAUUCUUCCAGAAGCUCAGGGUCGCAUCGAACACCCUGCGGCAUCUUAAACUCUUCUGUCAAUCAAAACCAAUCUUUCAGGUGUACGGAAACUGGGAAGGUGACCCCUCCUUUAUGCAGAUGUGGUCGGAGAGCUAGAAGGCUCCGGGUGUCCAAGGGGGGUCCCAAUAAUGGUAAAGCAUUCUAUAGCUGCCCGGUGGGAAAACAGGAAGGGAACCGAAAGAGUUGCGGUUAUUUCAAAUGGGAGCACACACUUCUAAAAGAUAAACUCACGCUUCCUUCCCCUACCUUCAGCACGGUAGGGCUAUCGUCCCCCGGGACAAUUUUGCAUUUGUCAGGAAAGGUUCCAAAGAAAUGCCUGGGUCUACGACCUUCUAUGCGAACCUAA